UUCCGCUCUCCUGGCACUGGUCUGUAUGCCAAUUUGCAGAAGUACAACCUGCCUUGCCCAGAGGCCAUCUUUCAGAUCGACUAUUUCAAGAAACAUCCGGAGCCCUUUUUUGCUCUUGCCAGAGAGCUCUACCCAGGACAGUUUAAGCCCACAGUAUGUCACUAUUUCAUGAGGAUGCUGAAGGACAAAGGUCUACUGACUCGCUCUUACUCUCAGCCCACAGUAUGUCACUAUUUCAUGAGGAUGCUGAAGGACAAAGGUCUACUGACUCGCUCUUACUCUCAGGUAAAAGAGUAUAUUGUGUUUUUUGGGGAGAAUCUGCCUGCCCGAUUCUUCACUUCCAUGAAAAUUGACUUUCCUCGAUGUGACCUUCUCAUCAUAAUGGGCACAUCCCUGCAGGUUCAACCUUUUGCAUCACUAGUCAGUAGAGUGUCAAACAGCUGUCCUAGACUGCUCAUCAAUAUGGAGAAAACUGGACAGUCAGAAUUUGGCAUGGGAUUAUUCGGUUUUGGAGGAGGAAUGGAUUUUGACUCAGACAAAGCCUACAGAGAUGUGGCUCACCUGAGCACCUGUGAUGACGGCUGCAUGGCUCUUGCCGAGCUGCUAGGCUGGAAAGAAGAGCUGGAACAGAUGGUGAAGCGUGAACAUGCUUUAAUUGACAGCAGAGAUGUCAAAAAGAAAGACAAGGAAGCCAAUCAGAACUCCAAAAGCACUGGGGCGGAGGCUGGAAAGACUGACGAGACAGAAUAACCAAUCAGAGCAUGAAGAGGGUUUACAUGGCAGCCCUAAUAGAUCUACAGAAUUUAACUCCACUUCUCAAAGUCAAGUCUGUCCUUCUUGAGUCUACAGUCGUAGACUUUAUCACAUCUUUCUGUUUCUCUGAGCUUCUGUGUCUCUCAUCUGCCUGUAAUAGCAAUACAGAUAUUAUAGAAAUAGUACAGAAACCUCACAGAGCUCAGACAGGAACAGUGAGACAGACCGACAGCAAACACUCGCAGAAGCAUGGUGUUAUGCAUGGGCCAGGAGAUGGCUUUGAUUAAUAACAGUUUGUGAAACACAAUUAUGAAAAUCAAUGCUAUAAAUGUAAUGUUUUAAAGCUGAUAAGCAUCACACUUACACUUUAUGCUUUAUCACAUAAUGUCUUGUUUUAUCCUGCAUAAAACAAAAGAGUUUGAAACCCACAUUCUAAUUACUGUAAUGCACCUGCAAGUUUUUCUUUUUAGAUCUUUUUGUAAUUCUCAUAAUUGUGAUUUUCUUAAAAUUAUUAAGUUAAAUUAAUUUACAGAAACAUACAAAAGGAUGUUCAACAGAUUAACCAUAAUACUAAUGAUCAGUGUUGGGGGUAACGCAUUACAAGUAACGCGAGUUACGUAAUCAGAUU